GAGCGAUUAGAUUCUCUGGAAGGACUGCUGUCCACUUUCAAUCGAGCUGGUAUCGCCGGACAGUUUACGGGCUUUUUCGCAGGAGCGGAAGCAAUCGCCCAAAUCCGAAGACUGGCAAACUCAGUCGAGAAGAUAGAGGGCUCGCUCAAAGGCAUUGAACGGAAUCUAGACGCAAUCAGUGAACAAGGCGACAAAUUUCCUCACCACAUUCACGAGUGGUUAAGGAUGAUGAUUCACGAACACAGUACCGAUAAUGCCGCACAUUACUUCGCUGUCUUUGAUCGAGGGACUCGCUGGCAUCCAAAGUUCUUCGCUAUUAACGAGGACAACCCCCUUGGUCGCCAGUAUCUUGGACACAAAACCGACUUGGAUGAGCUCUGUGCAUUUUUGGCCGACGAAGUUCGGCCA